AUGGACGCAGACUCUGGUUCUUCAAACAAAUUCGUGCCCGAAUACCGUCGCACCAACUUCAAAAACAAGGGCAGAUUCUCUGCUGAUGAGCUUCGUCGUCGUAGAGACACGCAACAAGUUGAGCUCCGGAAAGCCAAGCGUGAUGAGGCCCUCGCCAAGAGAAGAAACUUCGCAGUUGCUGCGGCGGGCCCAGACUCGGAAGACGAAGAUGAAGCCGCUAGCAGCGCAGACCAACAAUUUUAUCAGCAAUUACAAGUCGAACUGCCUCAAAUGGUUCAACAGAUCAACGCAACGGACCUGCAAGAGCAGCUUGCCGCUACGGUGAAAUUCCGUCAGAUUCUGUCGCGUGAACAUCGUCCACCUAUUGACACCGUUAUCCAAUCGGGAGUCGUACCAAACCUCGUGAAUUUCAUGAACGAAAAUCAGCCCGAGAUGCUACAAUUGGAGGCCGCUUGGGCUCUCACCAAUAUCGCAUCUGGUACGUCGGACCAGACCAAAGUCGUUGUCGAGGCAGGCGCCGUGCCAUUAUUCAUUCAACUCUUGUACACGGGUUCCGUCGAGGUCAAGGAGCAGGCCAUCUGGGCGCUCGGCAAUGUGGCUGGUGAUUCUACGGGCUACAGAGACUAUGUCUUGGGUUGCGGUGCCAUGCAACCUAUCCUGGCGUUGUUCAAUCUAAACAAAAACUCGCUAAUUAGAACCGCCACUUGGACUUUGUCAAACUUGUGCAGGGGCAAAAAACCACAACCCGACUGGGCUAUCGUGUCACAGGCGCUACCAACGCUGGCAAAGCUCAUUUACUCGAUGGACACGGAAACUCUGGUUGACGCGUGCUGGGCCAUUUCAUAUCUGUCCGACGGCACCGCGGAAGCAAUCCAAGCUGUUGUCGACGUUCGAAUCCCCAAAAGACUCGUCGAGCUUUUGAACCAUCAAUCGACGCUCGUGCAAACACCUGCGCUAAGAGCAGUUGGUAAUAUCGUCACGGGUACCGAUUUGCAAACACAAGUGGUCAUCAAUAGCGGCGUCUUGGGCGCUUUGAGAAACCUACUGGGGUCUCCAAAGGAAUCUAUUCGCAAAGAAGCUUGCUGGACCGUCUCUAACAUUACUGCGGGCAAUACCGAUCAGAUACAAGCCGUAAUCGACUCCAAUUUGGUUCCCCCUUUGAUAAGGCUAUUAGAAACGGCAGAUUACAAGACCAAGAAAGAAGCCUGUUGGGCCAUCUCAAACGCUUCGUCUGGUGGACUUCAGAAACCAGAUAUUAUCCGUUACCUGGUAUCUCAAGGCUGUAUCAAGCCACUAUGUGAUUUGCUAGAAAUCGCUGACAACCGGAUCAUAGAAGUCACGCUUGAUGCUCUGGAAAACAUACUCAAGAUGGGAGAAGCAGACAAAGAGGCCCGUGGACUACACAUUAACGAAAAUGCCGACUACAUAGAGAAGGCAGGUGGUAUGGAAAAGAUUUUCAACUGUCAACAAAACGAAAACGAGAAAAUCUAUGAAAAGGCCUUCAAUAUCAUCGAACAGUACUUCAGCGAAGAAGACGAUGCUGUCGACGAGAGUAUGGCUCCUCAAACGGCUGGUAACACAUUUGGGUUUGGUUCCAGCGUCAAUCAACAGUUUAAUUUCAACUAG